AUGUCAAAUGAUGAUUAUAAUAAUGGAUUUAUUGCAGUUCAUGUUGGUGCUGGUAAUCAUGCUGAAUCACAAAAAAAAAAUUAUCAAAAAUUAUGUAAAGAAGCAUGUAUAAAUGGAAUAAAAAUAAUAAAAAAUGGUAAAACAUAUAUUGAUGCUGUUGUUGAAGCAACAAAAAUACUUGAAAAUUCACCACUAACAAAUGCUGGCUAUGGUUCAAAUCUAACCUUAAAAGGUGGUGUUGAAUGUGAUGCAUCAAUAAUGGAUGGUAAUAAUUUAAAUUUUGGUGCAAUUGGUGCUGUUGGAUCAAUUAAAAAUCCAAUAUAUCUUGCAAAAUGUAUAUGUGAAUCACAAAAUAAACGUAUUAGUCAUGGUAGAAUUGCACCAAAUUUUAUUGUUGGUAAUGGUGGUCGUGAAUGGGCUAAAGAACAUCCAGAAUAUAAUAUUGAUAUUGUUGAUAAUAAUGAUUUAAUAUCACCAAAAGCAAAUAAAAUAUGGAAUCAUUAUAAACGUAAAAUUGAAAAUAAUAAAAAUAAUGAUAAUGAAGAUGAUGUUGAUGAUAAAAUUGUAUGUAAAAAACAAAAAAUUAAUGAUGAUAAUAAAAGACUUGAUACUGUUGGUGCAAUAUUUGUUGAUAAAUAUGGUAAUGUAUCAUCAGCAUGUUCAAGUGGUGGUAUUAUAUUAAAAAGUACUGGAAGAGUUGGACAAGCUGGUGUAUGGGGUUGUGGUGUUUGGGCUGAAAAUGGUGAUGUAUCUGUUGCAUCAUCAACAACUGGAUGUGGUGAACAUCUUAUUAAAACAACACUUGCUAAAACACUUGCUGAAUCAAUUAAAACAAAUAAUAAUACAGAUGAUUAUGUUAAAAAUAUUAAUGAUACAAUGAUGAAUGAUUUUAUUAAAUCAAAAUAUUUAAUUGAUGUUGAACAAAAACUUGGAGGUGGUAUUGUACUUAGAUAUGAUAAAGCUAAUAAUUUUGGUGAAUUAUUAUGGACACAUUCAACAAAUUCAAUGAUACUUGGUUAUAUGAAUUCAAAUGAUGAUAAAGCAAAUAGUUUUGUAUCAAUUAUGAAUUCACAAAAUGUUGGAAAAAAAGUUGUUGUUGAAGGAGUUGGAUUUAAACUUUAA